UUUGGAAAGUACCCGUUAUAAUUUAUUUUUGUCUCUUGGCUGUACUAAUGUACUAUCCGAAGCCUACUCAAGUAAGAUUGCAUCACAUGUCUUCAAAUCGCAUUUAAAUUAAAUUUAAACGUUCUGGAGUGGUGUUUUUGUAUUUAUUUAUCUUAAAUGGCGGUAGGUGUUGUUGUGCAUUGGUUUCGUAAGGGUCUUCGACUUCACGACAACCCCGCUUUGGUCGCUGCCGUAGAAAAAAUUGAUGGCGUGCAAUACGAGCUUAAACCCAUAUUUAUUUUGGAUCCACUGCUUGCGAAAAAGUUAAGAGUUGGGCCGAAUCGUUGGAGAUGUUUGCAGCAGUCUCUUGCAGACUUGGACAACAAUUUGAAGGCUAUUGGGACGAGGUUAUAUGUGCUGCGAGGAAAACCGGAAGAGGUUUUUCGAGAAAUAUUUUCUUCCUGGGACAUCAAGAGGUUGACGUUUGAGUCUGACACGGAGCCUUAUGCGCGGGAGCGAGACGGCAUGGUGUGUGAGCUGGCGAAGGAGGCUGGCGUGCCAGUUGUGCAGAAAGUUUCCCACACGCUUUACAACACAGAACUUGUGUUGAAAGCCAAUUUGGGCAAAGCGCCGCUGACGUACCAGAAGUUCCUGUCGGUGGUGGAGACUCUUGGCAACCCUCCCAGACCAGUCGAGCGCGUGGCUGAGCUGCCAGACGGCUGCAGGAUGCGACCGGGCGAGGCAGAAGACAGCCGGUACGACGUGCCGACGCUGGCCGAGCUGGGAGUGGACGAGAAGUCGCUCGGGCCCUGCAUCUACCCUGGCGGUGAGACCGAGUCUCUCCGGCGCAUGGAGAAGUGUUUGUCUAGGAAGGCUUGGGUGUGCAAGUUUGAGAAACCCAACACUUCGCCCAACAGCCUGGAGCCAAGUACAACGGUUCUCAGCCCUUACCUGAAAUUUGGCUGCCUUUCGGCAAGAACGUUCUACUACAGGUUGAAAGAGGUAAUUAGUGGUUCAUCCCACUCGAAACCCCCAGUUUCUCUGAUUGGUCAGUUGAUGUGGAGGGAGUUCUAUUACGUCGUGGGAGUGGCGACGCCAAAUUUCGAUAAGAUGGUUGGCAAUCCCAUUUGUUGCCAAGUUCCUUGGGAUAGAAAUGAAGCUUUUCUGGAGGCUUGGACAUGGGGCCGGACGGGCUACCCCUUCAUCGACGCCGUGAUGACGCAGCUGAGGCGGGAGGGCUGGAUCCACCACCUGGCCCGCCACGCGGCGGCCUGCUUCCUCACCCGCGGUGACCUGUGGAUCUCCUGGGAGGAGGGCCAGAAGGUGUUUGAGGAGCUCCUGCUGGACGCAGACUGGGCCCUGAACGCAGGCAACUGGAUGUGGCUGUCCGCCUCUGCGUUCUUCCACCAGUUCUUCCGCGUCUACAGCCCUGUUGCUUUUGGCAAGAAGACCGACAAGUUCGGAGAGUACAUCAAGAAGUAUAUUCCGCUGUUGCGCAAAAUGCCAGUGGAAUACAUCUACGAGCCGUGGAAGGCGCCAUUGUCUGUACAGAAGCAGGCAGGCUGUAUAUUGGGAAAAGAUUAUCCUCACAGAAUAGUUAUUCAUGAAGAUGUUUAUAAGAAGAACAUUUCAAGGAUGUCUGAAGCAUAUAAGAAGAACAAGACCAUGACAAAAAAUGAAGAUGUCGGCAAAAGAUCACACAACGAUAAAAGCACAGGUGGUAAAGUAUCGGCAGCAAGCCAGAGCACUAAAAGAAAGAAAUGAAAAAUGUACGUAUGCAACAUUUUUAUACUUACAUUAGGCCAAGCAUUUUAGAAUAAAAAGACCUAUCAAAUCCCAGAGUCCUUGAAUCUGAAUCUCAAAUUUGUAUCACAAAAAGUACCUCAAUUCUACUGUUGAAUAAAUAAAUAUUAACUAUUGUGUUAAAACA